AUGAGGACUGCGAGAUCCAUCUCUGUACAGAUCCAGUCCCAUCAGUCUCGACAACUCGAACUCAACUCGACCUCAAAGAACGGAAGAGACACAUGGCACGUUGUCCCUGGGGACCCAUACUGCCCCAAACCAACCAGCCCUGGCCGUCCCAUCCCUCCUGGUCUGAUCUGGUGGUCCCCCAAAGGUCCCGGCUUAUGCUCCCUUGCCCUGCCACUCGAUGGCCUAGUUCGGAAAGGUACCGCAAGGUACCGCUCCAGCAACGGCGCCGGCAGAAAGCUACAUACUAGCAACGGCGCCAGCCAGCCAGCCAGCCCAGCCAAGCAACAAGUUCUCCCCCAGUCCUUGCCAGGGUUCCCAUCAGCAGCAGCAGUAGCAGCAGCAGAAGAAGAAGAGGUAGAAGCAGAGGCAGGGUCAGCAGCAACAGCAGCAGCAACCACCAGGUCAGGUCGACCCAGGGCAGAGUCCAAGGAAGAGAGAAGGUGA